CGGAGCUUGCCUUUGACGAUCAGGACAGCAAAAGUAGACAGGAUCCAAAUACGAUGGAGGUAUUUCGAGUGAAGGGGGAGAAGAUGCCGGCGCAUAGGUCCUCUAGAGCGCACCCAGCAGCAGCCGACUGAGCGAAGCUGGCGCCGUCCGUGUGCGAGCGGUUCCUUUUGCAAGCAAAACUGAAGAUGAGACGUAUUUUAUUUUUCAUCCUGCUAAGUUAGCUGCUGGUGCAGCCUCAGUCUUCACUGUUAAUCUGACACUUCCAAACCAUGCGACGACUGGUGGCGUUUAUUUUUGCUUUCCUUUUCGCCGGUGCUGUUGACGCCGUCCAGCUUGUGCGACUGACAGGCUCGGGCAGCGAUCAUGCGAUAAGGACCGAAGAUCACGCCGACAACAAACUCGCCGCAGCCACACCCUCUACCUCCGACAGCACGACGAGAAAGAAGAAGACCAUCGUUCCAUCGACUGCGUUGGACAGCAAUGACCAAGCGAAAUCCUUUUACCAUUUCGACUUCCAGCAGCAGAAAUGGGUGGAAACGGCCUUCCCGGGAGCGGAAAGCUAGCAUGUGCAAAACAAGUUGAUGUAUCGUACUCGUAUAUUAAAUGUUGCCAGUCUUGCAUGAUAGAUCUAGUUCAUUUACCUGAAUCAGCAUGACAAAUUUUCCUUUCGGAUGUCAUGCGAAAUACACUACUACGAUAGGACGAUACCUUUGCAUCAAUGCAUAAAAGCAGCACAAGCACAACACUCUCUGCGGAGGUUGAAGACGAUCCUUCGGCGGCCCAGGUUGUUCACGGCCAAGCGGUAUCCUGAGUAAAAACGUACCCACACCAGAGUCACGAUGGGGAUUUUGCAACACAAACCUAGGAGCUUUGUGAGUCACGCAUGACAAGUUUUACUCUGCAGUGUAGUGCAGGUUAGCAAGUGCAGCCGCAUCACAGAUUGAGCUGCUCAUCCUGUUCACAGCAUCACAAAUUUCAAAACACGAUUGGGAAUAGCUCUCAUGGGGAUGCGCACUACAAGUCUUCCUGUCUUUGCAAAUCUGCAUCACAACUCUGGUGUGGGUACGUUUUUACUCAGGAUAAGCGGGUCAGGACUGGUUAGUCCAGUCCCUGUUGAACUGCAAAUCUAUGGGGGUGUCAGGAGUUGUGAAAUCGACAGAGUUGAAAUAUUGAUUUGUAAUGCAUAAAACCGAUGCCAGGUGGUCCCUAGUUUUCAAGUGGCGCAUGACAAAUUUCGGCACAGCCGCAAUCCAGUUUGUCAUGCUGUUUGGGUAAGAGAGACGCCUUCUGUCGUGCUAAGUUAGCAGCUGAGUUUCUACCCCUCAGCAGGCUUACAAUCUGCCUCCCUUGCCUACUCUGCAAGACAGGCAUUGUGUGGGUUGCGUUUUAUGCAUCACAAACUUUGACGAUUUCAAUCCUGACGCUUCGAUAAAAUCCAACGGCUUUUUCAUCGAGCUCGGCUCCCACGACGCCUCGAUCAUUUCCAACAGCCUCUUGCUAGAAAAAAAGUUCAACUGGCAGGGACUCUGCCUCGAAGCGGACCCGCAGUACUUGUCCGGGUACAAGCAGCGGAAGAACUGCAAAUUAGUUCAGAACAUCAUCGGAUACCCGACCGGGAGGGAGGUUGAGUUCGCUUUUCACCCGCCGGAAACCAACGGUUUAUCGGGGAUCAUCGGGAACAAUUUCGACAACACGAAGCAAAACCUCCAGUACGGAACAUCCGCGCAGAAAACGAGAGUGAUAUCGCUAGAAGAUGUCUGGCGCCACUUCAAUGCCCCGAGCACCAUCGACUACUUCUCGCUGGACGUGGAGGGAGCGGAAAGUUUGGUGAUGGAGAAUUUCCUAUGCAUUGCAAUAGUAUCGUACUCGUAUAAAUGCAUUACAAAUUAUUUCCUCAGCGUGAGAAAUAAAAUUUGUAAUGCGGAUUUACCUUAACAACAGGAUUUGUGUAUGCAUGACUGCAAUACGAGCGCGAUACUUUUGCGCAGGAUAUUUUCCGUGGGACAAACUCCGUUUUCGGGUUUUGACCGUGGAGCGCGCCAAGCCGGAUCUGCAGCUCUUAUUGCAGAAACACGGGUACAAGAAAGUGCGGAGCAACGCGUCCUUUGAGGAUACGACUUGGGUGGACACGAAGGAGUUUUCGGAUUUGACGAUUUCCAAAUUCGCAAACGGAAAACCGAUCGACGAUACCUGCAUGGUCAGUGCCGGGUUUCCGAGACCGUCGACGCUGGUAGGACGAGUGAAAGAUGAUAGAUUGGUGCUCCUUUGGGUCAAGUCCUGUCGAUACCUUUUUGGUCAUGGUUGACGAGAUGCAGCGUUACUCCUGUCGUCCCAAGGUACUACUUCUAAAGGUACAGUGUG